CUUGAUGGUGAGUAGCUCCUCGGAGCGGAUCUACUUUUAUACGUUCGGGCAAUGGGCAGGGGAAAAAUCGCCUUCGGGACUGGUUUCUAAGCAAGGUCAAAGCCAAACCCCACUAUUUCCAAGGUUGCGUGUCUCGUCCUGUCAUGGAGUCCGGCAGUAUGGAGGUCAAUAGCAGCUUCUCAGAAUUUUGCCUUUAUGUGUUUUAUCUCACCCUGGAGUCAACAGCGGCAGAACUACUAUCUAUUGAGAGGACAUCGAUUUCGCGAUCGAUUGACGCCAAGUCUACAUAUGUGCAGCAGCCAUAAUGCAAGUGUUUAAGACCACAUUUUCGGUGCCUCUAACUUGCGAUGCCUGUAUCGAGGAGGUAUCCAAGCCCAUCUACGCUCUUGACGGGGUCAAGAACGUGCAAGGUAGUUUGAAGGACCAGAUCCUCCUCAUUGAAGGAACGGUAGCGCCUUCUGCCAUAGUUGCUGCAAUCCAGAGUACUGGUAGAGAUGCUAUCCUUAGAGGGAGCGGAUCCUCAAACAAUGCGUCAGUAUGUAUCCUAGAGACACACUCCAGUACCGUACAGAAUUCAAUCCGUGGACUUGUGCGCAUGGUCCAGGUUUCCCCGAAGUUGACACUUGUUGAUCUUACGAUAAACGGCCUCCCGCCUGGGAAAUAUUGGGCUACGGUACGUGAUACGGGAGAUAUCUCCCAAGGACCGGCAUCGACUGGCGGCAUAUGGGAGGCUCUGAAACAGAAGGUCCAAGGAUCGGCCCUCCCGCGAGGAGUAUUUGGCGAGGUAGAAGUGGGCAGCGAUGGAAAGGGGAACGUCUUCCUUGACCGUCCAGUUGCCGUAUGGGAGUUGAUUGGGAGAAGUAUGGUUGUGUCAAAAUCCAAGGAGGGGCCGUUCCAGAAGGAAGAUCCAAACACGCUGGUUGGGGUUAUUGCUCGCAGCGCUGGCGUAUGGGAUAACGAUAAGAUGGUAUGUUCUUGUUCCGGUCAGAACGUAUGGGAAGAACGAGUAGAGCAGGUUUCGAAGGGAAUGUUGUGAAGAAUCGCUGUGGAUAUUCCCGUGUUUAAGUUGACUGAAGGUCAUUUUGAUGGCUGUCUGUCUUCUUGGCCCCUUGGAGGGUAUUCCCAGACGAUGCAGUCGUUUGAGCCCUGGGGUUGAGGGGCCAUACUAAUGGCGAGGGAAGGUUAAGAACAGGCUAAACUUGCGAUUUCAAGUUGGCUGAAAAUGCUUUUUUUUAAGAUGUGAUACCAGAUUUAAAUAGCAAACAAUUAUAAGGAGAAAAUGAUAUGAUACUUGCGAAAAUAGUGGCUGGCAAGGUAUUCCAGGACUGGGCUUCAUGAGUCUACGUCUGGUAGAGGCCGAACCCCUGACACUCACAUCAAACCCAGACUUGCCGGAAACUCAGCCAUGGACAUGUGUUUAUAUGCGACAAAAGCUGCAAAUCAAAUCAGAUUGAGCAAUACAGAAACAUGUUAACUAUUCUCACAUCAGAUCAUGGUAUCGAUCAGAGUAGAACAAUAAUAAUCAACACAUACCGACUUUUCGUCUGAUAGUCAAAAGACCUCCAUCCGUCCAUUUCGCGUUGGCCUGUAGAGAUCGGCGGUUAAGCGCCCCUAAAUGUUCCUAGUCCCCGCCAACCCCGUCG